UCUACUGCUGUGUUGAGUGUACUAAUUGUGUCACAAAUUAGAUUUCAUUCACUUCAUAUUUUUGCAUAACAAAUUACACAAGCGGCCCCGGCUUACAGGACGCGUGCCUGACAUGAGAAUGUGCAUUUAACCAGUCCGUCAAGUUUGCCAGCAUUUCCUGAAGCUGCUGAUGUGGAAUGAGGGGGAAGUUAUCUCAUCUCACCUGCGGGGCAGAACGGAAAAACAUUCGGCACAUUCGCCACCCCUCGUCAGUCAGAUGGCAGCGUGUGUGAUCAGCAGGGAGGACCUCAUAUGUCCACGGUGCACCGAGAUCUACUGCUUCCCCGUUCUGCUCCAGUGUGGACAUAACGUUUGUAAAGUUUGCCUGCAGAAGUUCUGGGAAUGGAAAGGAUGUCAGGAAUGUCCCGUGUGUUGCGCCGUGUGUACUCCCAGGAGGCCUCCCAUCAAUUUGGUGCUGAAGAUCGCCGCAGACCAGUACAACUUGGAACAGAGCAGGAGGACCGGAGGAGAACCCUGCAGAUUACACAACGCGAAGCUUAGUAUUUACUGUCAGAACGACGAGGAGCCCAUCUGUGUGGUGUGCCGAACAUCCAAACAGCAUAAAAUUCACAAAUGCUGCCCGCUGGAGGAAGCCGCCAAGCAGAAAAAGGUACCGCAGAGUUCUAGAUCUAUCACUUUGAACACCAAAACAAACGCUAAUACACUUGGAAUAUGUCAGGACAAUAUUACAGUCAGACUGGAGUCGCUUAAGAAAAAGCUCCAGACUUUGAGAAAGACAAAGGAAACUUGGGAAGGAACCCGAAAAUUCAUCCAGGUUCAAAUCCAGGCAGCCGCAAACCACAGAGCUAUCAGGGAUGAGUUCCAGAAGUUGCACUUGUUCCUUUUCAAAGAGGAAGACUCCCGACUUCAAGCGCUCAAACAGGAGGAAGAGGUGAAGGUGAAAGUGAUGGCACUCAAGGUGGAACACAUCGCCAAGCAGAUCAAGAACCUUUGCUCCACCAUUAGCGACAUCCAGACCAAACUCCGAAGCGACGAUUUACCCUUUUUGAAGGAUUACAAAGACACAAAGAAAAAGCUGAAAUGCAACAUUGGAGAGCCAGAAAUCAUACGAGACAUCCUGAUUAACUCUGCAAGUCAUCUGGGAUCUCUUAAGUUCAAAGUGUGGAGGAAGAUGGAGGACAUUGUCCAAAGUGUUCCCAUCACUUUGGAUCCAAACACGGCUCAUGCCAAUUUGGAGCUCUCAAAUGAGCUGAGCUGUGUGCAGUACAGCAGCCAACAUAUUCUUCCAAACAACCCAGAACGCUGCACAGGUAGUUUGUGUGUGCUCGGAGUCACCGGCUUUGUGUCUGGAAAACACAGCUGGACUGUGGACGUGGGACUGGGUAAAGACUGGUACAUAGGGGUGGCCCAGGAGUCCAUCCAAAGAAAAGGGGCCUUGUUCCUCAAGCCUUCUGAAGGCGUCUGGCUCAUCGGUGGGAUUAUAGGAGACGGCAUUUGGGCUCAGACCUCACCUCGCACCAAGCUGGACUUGAAGCAGAAGCUCGAGAGGAUUACUGUGGAGCUGGAUUACGACAAAGGGAAGGUGGUCUUCAUCAAUGCUGAAGAUUCAAAGACAAUUUACACGUUUAAAGACAAGUUCACUGAAAAAAUAUUCCCUUACUUCAAUCCCGGCAUCCAUGAGGAGGGCAGCGGCUCCUUCCCCCUCACCAUCUGUCCGCAGAACAUCUCAGUGACUAUCAAAGACCCCAAGUGAAGAGCGUGGUUUCCUUUGCACUAGGUGUUCUGACCAGUUUUUACAAAACAAUCUCAUUAACUGUUAUCAGGAUAGAUGUCGCUUUAGGCAUUAGGAAAUACAUUUUGUUUUGCAGCAGCCUUUGUUUCAAAACAUGCCAGUAAUGUUCAAUCACGUUUGGCUGGUGGGGUUUUUUGUUGUUGUCUUGUGUCACUUCCUGUUUCUACUGUAG